AUGCCGGAGCAGGGCGGCGGCGGCUCCGAGCGCGCCGCUCUGGCCCUGGCCCGCCUGUCCGAGUGGGCGGACGCGCACCUGGGGCUGCUGCGGGGCCUGAUCGCCGGCACGGCCGUGGCCGGGGUGCUGCUGCUGGCGCGGAGCCUCCGCGUGACAACAAAGUUCACAAGUCCUUUGGAUAUACCUGUGGAGUUCGUGGAAAAGCAUGUGAAAUUGAGAGGGAAAUUACAUCACAUCACAGAGAAAGGCCUGGAAGUUGAGCACAUUCCCAUCACCAUUCCUUUCAUCUCAGCCGUCCAGAAAAAAUGGCAGCCGGAGGGGCUCCUGCUGAUCCGCCUGGCCGGGCUGGAGCUGGCUCCAGGGGCCACGGCCUGGCUGCAGCGGGAGCUGCUCCCCAAACAGCCCCUCUGGUUCCAGCUCCUGGGGAGGGACAGCUCGGCCCUGGACUGCCUCGUUCUACUCCACAAGGGUGGAUUUCUCAGCACGUGCUUGAAUGAAGAGCUACUGAGGCAAGGGCUGGCCAGAGCAGCCCGGAUUGAGGGGCUGCCUCACCACUCCCGCCUCUACUGGAAACUGCACAAAAGGCUCCUCCAGGCUGAGUUGAAGGCUGUGAAGAAAAAUAAAGGCAUAUGGAAAGAACAAAGCUACUCUGAAAGGGUCCAGGAGCACAUAAGCAGCAAUAAAUUCCUGCAGAGGCUGAAACAGUUUGUGAGCUGGGUUAGAAGCUCUACUGGGAGGUGAAAAGGAGGGGAAUGCAGCUCCCCAGGUUGUGGGAUUUGUGUUUCUGAUCACAAAGAGUGCUGUCAUGUUGAGGGUCCCUGUCUCGAACACAAACCCCACAGUUAAUGGGUUAGAGUAUAAACCCCCAGUUCAGGGAAUUUAGAAUACAUCCCAUACCAUAACCCACAUGGGAUUGAAGUUCAGUAGUCGCAUGCAGGCCACCAGUGAAAAUGUUCUGAUGCCAAACUUCUCCACAGCGAUGUCCUAAAUUAUCUGUCCAGUUUCCCACUGCUGAACUCCUCCAGGCUGUGCUGCCCAGUGCAGGUUUGAGGGGCAGAGCCCCUUCACACCUCUAUAGUGUACAACUGCUGCCAAGCCCACGCUGGACCCUGUGUCAGGGCUUCUGCAAAGCUCGUGGGAUGGGUUUAAACACAACCUUUCUGUUUGAACUCUGUUCUUAUGCCACUUUUUUUUUUUUGUGUAAUUUGUGGUUUAAAACUCGUUCAUCUUGAAUAAUGAGUUGCAUUGUUAGUGAUAUAAAAGGUGUUUUGUUAUGGCUGAUCUUAAAAAGUUGAUAAGGUUGUAAUAACUAAAGAUCCUCAGGGGAAAAAAAAAAUCACUUGGUGUAUCAAAGAAUAUAAUGUCAGGAAUCCAAAUUUUUCAAAGACAACUUUCAUUUGAAGAGGAUAAACCUGUGUUGUUUCUUUCUGGUGGUUCUGUAAGUAUCUAAAAUUAGAUGAAUAUAAAACUUUAACGUGAAAUUUGACACAGAGGAUCAGACUGCUAAGAACUUGAAUUCUUGCUUUAUUUUUGAUACACAUGGGAAGUAUCUCAGUGUUAUUACUAUUUAUGUUGUAAAUAUUCUCAGAAUAAAGAUUGAAUUUCUUAA